AUGAGUACAGAUGGCUGGAGAACUACUUUCAAAAAGUUACACCGAUCCCUAUCAUACAAUACAAGACCAACAAUGCCAAAGAAAGAAGUAAACGAACUAGCUCUUAAAGAAUAUCCCUUCGAAGAUAACUCCCCGCUGCCGCCAAUAAAACUGAUAGGUUUUAAAAGUUCAACUCGUGAUCGCUUACUAAACAGUGAACUCUGCGAGGAAGUUCGGACAUUACUACCUAGGAGGAUCCAACUGUACACCGACUGGCAUUUACUAUACAGCUUAGAACAACAUGGCGCUUCUCUGCAUUCUCUAUAUGAACGUGUAAGGUUUUCGGAUCAAGGAAAUAGUAGAGUGGGUUACCUACUAGUUAUUAGAGAUAGGAAAGGUGGUGUUUUCGGGGCAUAUGCUAAUGAACCCUUUCACCAGACCGAAGGGAGACGCUAUUACGGGAAUGGGGAAUGUUUCUUAUGGAAGGUAGAUAAGGUUCCUAACGUCGUCCUCGGGAGGCCGGCUCAUAUUCAUGACCAUAAUGACGAGCUUACAUCGCAUAGAUUGCAAUUUAGGGGUUACACAUAUACGGGUAUUAAUGAAUUUUGCAUAUAUUCUACCAACAUGUUUUUAUCAAUGGGCGCUGGGAACGGCCAUUACGGCCUAUGGUGCGACGAAGGCCUUGUACAUGGCUCAACUGAGCCCAGUCUAACGUUUGGGAAUGAUACGUUAAGUCGAGAAGGCAAGAAAUUCCACAUAAUUGGUCUAGAAGUUUGGAAAGUCGGCUAA